GACUACGAAUCGGUCGAUGCAAAGUCGCCUCCUAGCUCUGACCAUGCAUUCCGUCGAAGUGAAUCCCCCCUUGGCCUAUCGGUAGGCUUCAAUCGGGAGCUUGAUGUCAAGAGUAGGGCCAUAGCGCUGAUCUUCUAUUACUUGUUAGUGGCUUGGGUCCGUCGUUUUGUGUUGCCCGAACCCAUCAGAGUGCCUAAUCUUCUUCGUUUUAGCCCUACCCUCGUUGGUCGCAAAGAGGUCAUGGAAGAACUCUUCCAUCCCGCGUAUGAUGGUGACGUCAAGUCUCUAUCCGCCUUCUCCCUCUCCUCCCUACUGUCCGUAUGCGCCAUGGGAUUGUUAUGGGACUCGACAACCCCCUCGUGGGAGAACGACUACAAGCUAUUCAGGUACUGGGCUCGUGCAUUGUUUUGGACAGAGUUCCCAAAGGGACCCACGACGAUCGCUGAUAUGGAGAGUCUACUCCUCCUGUUCGCGCUCUCUGGCCCAUCCCCCGAUAUUCCUGCCGAACAAUCGUACGAGUUACUUGCCUGGGGAAUCAAGAUGGGACUUCGUACGUUCUUGCCCGUGUACACCUGUUUGUUCGCGCUAAACUAUGAACAGAUCGUGAUCCUGAACCUCUCAACCUACCUCCUUCUGAGGCUCUUCGUCGUCGACGGGUCUUCUGGGACCAACCGAUUAUCACCUCUGCACUUUGCUGAUUGCAACAUUUUAGAGCUUGAACUUGGGGCAACCGCCAACAUUAGUCAGAGGUUUUUGCCAGAGUACCAUGCACAACUUACUCUCCUCAUCCAAGAUAUGCUUGCGCAUUUCAUGGAAUCUGGAUUAUCCCCUUCCUACGCUGCCGUCAUCCGUAUGGAGGCCAAGUUCCAACAGCUGGAUGUCAAUACUAUCGAUUCGCCCACACCCACUGUCACGGACAAAAUGGCUAAUGCUCCAGAAUCACCUUCCGAGGAAAGACGACAAGCGAUCUUGGCGUACAAGCGCGGGUACAAGAGCUUCCUCGCACUGAACUUGCAUAAGACAUACUUUUCUUAUUCUAUCAUGCGACCAAAGGAAGAUCCCCUCCACGGGCGAUUGGGCAAGUCAACCCAUGCCAUGUAA